GUAAUAAGAUUUUAACGUUGAAAAAAGAAGAAAGAAAAAAAAAUUGAAGAGUAAAGUAAGUGGUGGGUGGGGUGGUUGCUAAGGUGGCACGAAGCUAGAGACUCAUGAGAGAGUGAGUCACUUCACUACUACUCUACUCUACUCACUGCGAAGUGCUCAAUUGUGAAUGAAUGAAUCAAUUGCAAUUUCCAACAUAAACAUUAACUGAAGAUGAUGAUGAUGAACUUGACCUCCUCCUCCUCCGCAGUGUUUGUAAUUGUGAUUGUGAUUGUGAUUUUGAUGAUACAAUCUGUAGUAAAUGCUUCAAUCCAUCACUACUCCAAUCAACCUUUCACUCAUCGCUCUAACGCUUUCUUCUUCCAUGCUGGCACCGAAGCUCUCUUCUCUUCUUCUUCUUCUUCUCAUUCCUUCAUCAGGUUUGACACCGUCACCUUUACCAGACCCAAACAAUCCGCCAUCACCCACGGCCCAAUGCAGCAAAACACCGGUCUAGUCGAAGCAAUUAUUCUUCAAGUUCAAGACAGAAACAGAAUCGGUGGAUUCCAUUUCACUCCCAAAUCCGAUUUAAUCUGCUGUGAUCCUAAUCUUGCCAAACAACAUAACUGCAACCUCGGUGAAGUUAUUAUUCAUAAUAACCCUAACAACCCUCAUUUCCCCAAACGGAUCAAGACUUUCUUCCAAGGAACAAGUCAAAUUGUUCACAUGGAUCCUCAAACUGUUAAUAUCAAUACCACUGGCAUGUACUAUCUUUACUUCAUGUUCUGUGAUCCUAAUCUUAAGGGCACUACUGUUACUGGUACAACUGUUUGGAGGAACCCUAAUGGUUAUCUUCCUGGUAAAAUGGCACCUCUUAUGACGCUUUACGCUUUCAUGUCUUUGGCUUACCUUUUCCUUGGUCUUUUAUGGUUUUUGAGGUUUGUGCAAUUUUGGAAGGAGAAGAAUAUUGUUCAUGUUCAUUUACAUUAUCACAUUACCGCCGUUAUUGCUCUUGGAAUGUGUGAGAUGGCUCUUUGGUAUUUUGAGUAUGCCAAUUUCAAUGCUACUGGUACUAGGCCUAUGGGAAUUACCAUAUGGGCUGUCACUUUUACAUCUGUUAAGAAGACGCUUUCCAGGUUGCUUCUGCUUGUUGUAUCUAUGGGAUAUGGUGUUGUUCGUCCUACCCUCGGUUCGCAGGGGGUUGCUUAUAGAGUUAUGCUUCUUGGGGGGCUAUAUUUUGUUGCCUGUCAAGUGUUUGAGCUUGUUGAGCAUUUGGGGAACAUCAAUGACUUCUCUGGGAAAUCUAAGUUGUUGUUGGUUCUCCCUGUUGUUUGCCUUGACUCCUGGUUCAUUCUCUGGAUCUUCUCUUCGUUAUCUAAAACCUUGGAGAAACUACAGACAAGGAGAAACUUGGCUAAACUGGAGAUCUACCGAAAAUUUACAAACACCCUUGCAGUGUCUGUGCUACUGUCCAUUGCAUGGGUUGGCUUUGAGCUGUACUUCAAUGCAACUGAUCCUUUAAGUGAGCUGUGGCAAAUUGCUUGGAUUAUUCCCACUUUCUGGUCCCUGCUUUCAUAUACUCUCUUGCUGGUGAUAUGCAUCCUUUGGGCUCCUUCUCGCAACCCUACUAGAUAUGCAUACUUAGAGGGAACAGAUGACUUUGAUGAGGAGGGUAUCUCUCUUACAAGCGGCGUGACAAAGAUGAGUGGGGAUGUGGCAGCCAUGCUGGAGCGGAAGGAGAGGAUAGGUUCUAGUGCCACAGAUCUUACAUUUGGAGAUGAUAUUGAAGAAGAUAAACGAGAAUAAUGUUACCUAGACUUGUAUAGUAGUGUUUCAUAUGACUUCCAUCUCUUAGAAGAGGUCUGUAAAUUUUCAUAUAUAUACAAAUGGUUUGGUAUGCAAAGGGUUUUAGGUAGUAAUGGAGAAACAGAGAGGCAGUGUCACCUACCACUUGGGAACCAUUCUCCUAACAUACUAACACAUAUGUUGUGAUAAAAUCAUUACCCAGUUAGUUUUUAGAUGAUUAUCAUCCUUAUUUAUUUUUA